AUGAAUCAGGACGGCCGCCGCGGCCGCAACUCAUCCCCGGCGACGGGCACAAAGGAAAACUUUAUUACCGGCGCGGCCGCCGCUAUUCACUCCGCAGCCUCAAUGGGCACCGCCCCCCCUCCCCUCCCCCGCUACCCACCCACACCUCCACCCCCACUGAAGCCUCCUUCCACGGCCGUCCUCUCACCGCAUCUCUCUGAUCCUCCGCUGAGCGUCCUGAGAAUUACCCCGGGUCGUUACCUGGCGGGCGCCCGCGGCCUAUCCAUAUGCAUGAGCGCUGGCGGCGGCGGCGGCGGCGGUGGCGCUGGCCACGUGAUUCAUGCGGACCCGCUGGCACUCCCUGGCGCGGCGGGCGCCGGCGCCGAUCCUGGACCCCCUCCUCUCUAG